UGAUUUGGAACACAGCCCCGGUCUCUGCCUAUAGGGUGCGGCCUCUGUUUAUUUCCGCAUGUCCGUUUUAAUGUUCCCGCAGUUUCCUACACAGCGAGAUUAAAGAAGCGUCUCUGAGCUCAGGAGGAACCAUGGACUUCGACUUGGGUGCAGCUGUAGAUAAGGACAGCGUGAAGAAGAGCGAGGCGAACGAGGUCGAGGGAAUCUUUGGAUUUGGAAAGAAGGACAAAGACAAGGACAAGGACAAAUGUAAAAAUAAGGAAGGAUGUAAAGACAAGGACAAGGAGAAAUGCAAAGAGCACAAGAAAUCGAAAGAACACAAAAAAGACAAAGAGCACAAGAAGUCUAAAGAGCACAAGAAGCAUAAAGAGCACAAGGGAAAACAUGGCUCUUCAUCCUCAUCCUCCAGCGAUGAUGAUUAGGAAAACAACUUGGCUGAAGAAGAAUUUUUUCUCCACAGAAGAAUCCUUUACUCCUCAUACAAUAAUUCCUGAUUUAAAACUGUUUAGAAUUACAGUGCUGUACUCUAACUAAAAAACAAUAAAUACAUGUAAAAUA